AGAUUUUAGCAUCGACUUAAGUUAGUCAAGUUUCUUUAGAAUUUUUGUAUAGGUAUAGUUGUUCCUGCAGGUACUUGACAGCUAUGGGCGCAGGCCUGCGAUGGUGCUGAUAGCGACCUGCCUGUCAAUAGCUUCAGUAUUAGAAGCAUUUUCUAGAACCUGGUGGUUAUACUGCCUGUGUAGGAUGAUCAUUGGAAUGGGAAAAGGUUGUUUUUACAUGAUACCCAUGUACAUUGGAGAAACGGCACGGAAAGAAAAUAGGGGAAGGGUAGAGUAA